AUGGACUCGCAUAAUUCUGGUGAUCAUCACGGCAGCAACGACAAUAACCAUCAUUAUCAUACCCACGGAUCAAUUAUUGCCGAUAAUCCUCACCUAGCUUCUUCUCUUUCGUUCCAUCCCGGCGACAUGUGUGAUCAUAAAUUGCAUUCAAUUAAUUCCACAGAAGGUUAUCCAACUGCAUCUUCUUAUUCCACAUCACAUUAUCCGCCAUCAUCCGCCGCCCUGCAAUUAGACCGUAACAUAUCAAUAGUACCCAUUCAACAUUCAAAGCUUGACCCCGGUCCUUCGGAAAGUUCAAAUGAAACUUGGACUCGUGUUUCUGCAUCCGAAACCUCUGCCCCGGCAAGUUUUCCGUUCGGUUCUUAUACAACAAAACCUGCAAGAGGUUAUGAUGAAAGAGCUUUAGAUUCUGCUUUUUUCGCCAAUCCAUCCAUGAAAAUGCCUUCAAACACUGUCCAACCUUCAAUGAGCUAUUUUGGUGGUCUUCCUCCGCCGAUGGGUUAUAAUCCACAUCAAGUAAAUUAUGGUAAUACGAUGCCGCCAACACCCCAAGAUUAUCCAAUGUCAAUGACCACUAUGCAGAACCAAAAUGGAAAUGAUACACGAAUUAUGCCACCCCAAUUUCAUGGUCAAAAUCCAAACAGACCCCCUCCGGUUCCUGCUCAAACCAUGAUGACUACCUUUAACUCAAAAACUGUAUCGUCCACUCCUAAAAGGUACAAGUGUAAUAUUUGUCAAAAGAGAUUUACACGCCCAAGUUCAUUGCAAACACAUACAUACAGUCAUACCGGAGAAAAAC